CACGGGAAUCCUUGAGUGACUGGGGUGUUUGUAAACAUAGACACGUUGGUCGUCCUGUUCAUUAUUAUGUGUAAAGUUGACUUUUCGUAGGGCAGCGAGCACGGGCGUGGCCAUGGAAGUGGACGACUUCCCUGCACAGGAGGCCGCCCUGGACACAGAGGGCAGCAAGCGGGAAGGCACAAAGCGAGGCAGGAAGCCAGGCCGUAAAGCUAAGUCUGACAUGAAGGCUAAACUAGAACGCAGUCGGCAGAGUGCAAGGGAGUGUCGUGCUCGUAAGAAGCUACGUUACCAGUACCUUGAAGAACUAGUGACCAAUAGAGAGAAAGCAGUUAUUGCCCUUCACCGGGAGCUGGAACAGUAUCGAGUGUGGUCCAAAGAACUUGACGAAGGCAAGGUUCCUGAGGGUGUACUGAAACUGAUAGAGGAUGAGAAAGUGAAAAAAAAUGAGAAAGAAUAAAGUCAAAUUUGGAGCUUAGUGUGUUCAGACUAAUUAAUUACAAGGAGAGACAUCUUGUUUUGUAUUUUUAGAAAUUUGUGCUCAGUGUUCCUACUCUGAAGAUCUAAACUAAAAUUCUUGAUAUGAUAAGUGUGGUGGGGAGAGGUGUGCCCUGCCCUCCAGCUUGCUGCCGUCACAGGGUCUGCUUGCUGACAGGUUCCCUUUGUUUUAUUUUUAGUUCUUUAAUAUUAAACAUAAUUGUAGAAUUAAAUUGCUUGAUCAUCAUGUAGAAUUCAUGCAUUCAUUCAUUUCAUUAGGUCAUUCAUCCUUCAUUUCACAGUCAUCUUGGUGUCAGAUUUAUUUACUAAUGCCAAACUAAGUAUAAAAGUAUUCAAGCAUUUAUUAUUCUGUUAUUAAUAUUGGAGAUGUUUAAAUUCAUAUUCCAAAUAAAAGUGAAAACAGUU